UCACUAAACCUUGGGUGGACAAAUUCUUCUGGCCUACUUUUUAUUGCUCUACACUGCCCCGUUGAACUCUAAAACAAGGCAAGCUCAUUUUCUUUUGCCUUUAACUCAGUCAUAAGCAACUAAUUUGAUCUGGAAUUCUCUUAAAAGAUGGUUGGGAAUUCAUUGGUCCCGAUUUCAACAUGCCCCGCAAUAGUAUCUUCAUCAAUGACUACUGGUCCUAGCAUUUCUAUAAAAUUCUUGCCCUGUCUUCCACCAAGACCUAAAGCGAAAGCUACUCCAAUAAGAGCUUUGUCUGCCGAUACAGGACAUAACAAACCAACCCCUUCUUCAGAGACAAAGAAUCCACUGUCUGUUGUUUUGGAUGUUCCUCGGAAGAUUUGGAGGCAAACUUUACGUCCACUGAGUGAUUUUGGGUUUGGUCGGAGGAGCAUUUGGGAAGGUGGAGUGGGGUUGUUUCUUGUAUCUGGCACAGUGCUUCUUGCUCUUAGUUUGGUUUGGUUGAGGGGUUUUCAACUGCGGUCUAAAUUUAGGAAAUAUUUGGCUGUAUUUGAGUUUUCUCAAGCUGCUGGCAUUUGCACAGGAACUCCUGUGAGGAUUAGAGGGGUGACUGUUGGCAACGUUAUUCGUGUUAACCCAUCUCUGAAAAGCAUUGAAGCAGUUGCCGAGAUUGAAGAUGAUAAAAUUAUAAUACCUCGAAACUCACUGGUGGAGGUAAACCAAUCUGGUCUUCUUAUGGAAACUUUAAUUGACAUAACACCCAGAAAUCCCAUUCCAACACCUUCAACAGGGCCCCUAGACCCAGAAUGUGCAAAGGAAGGUCUAAUUAUAUGUGAUAGACAAAAGAUGGAAGGAUAUCAAGGAGUUAGUCUAGAUGCAUUGGUAGGGAUAUUCACCCGUAUUGGACGUGAAAUGGAAGAAAUUGGUGUUGCCAAUACCUAUGCGCUGGCUGAACGAGUUUUUGCUGUAAUUGAAGAGGCAAAGCCACUACUUUCAAAGAUUGAAGCCAUGGCAGAAGAUGUUCAACCUUUGUUGUCUGAGGUUCGUGAUAGUGGUCUGCUUAAAGAGGUGGAGAACUUAACCAAAAGCUUGACUCAAGCAUCAGAUGAUUUGAGAAGGUUGCAUUCAUCAAUUAUGACCCCUGAGAACACUGAAUUGAUUCAGAAGUCCAUAUGCACUCUGGUUUUUACUUUGAAGAACAUAGAGAAUAUAAGUUCUGAUGUUCUGGGAUUCACGGGAGAUGAGGCUACAAGACAGAAUCUGAAACUACUUAUCAAGUCCCUUAGCCGGUUGUUAUGAAGAGAAGCAUUGGUGGAAAUAAGAUAUAAUAGCAUAACAGUUUAUUAGAAGGUAAGAAAUCAUUUUUUAACCUCAUUUAUCAAAGAGGAGAGAAGAUCAAAUGUCAAGUCUACCGGGUGAAUACACUUUUUCAGUUGCAAAUGCUGAGAAGAAAGGGCUUGAUGCGAUAGGUAGUGAUGCAUUCCUUUUUCCUGAUGGUAAUGUUGAAGCAAAUUUUGCUGAAUAUCUGUUUGUUUUUUUUCCCUAAUGUUUAAAGUCAUGGAAGGUUUUCAGAACCUUUGUUGAUAAAGAAAAUCUUUGUUGCCAAA